ACAACAACAACGCCAGGACGUCGCGUCUGCCACAAAAGGGACCCUUAAACAAGCGAAAAAGAAGCGCGUUGGCGUCGAGACAUCACCCGUACCUCUAUAGUAAUUAUAUAAGCGUGUGGUUUCGUCCACAAUCGGAGCGAGAGCUGGUGUUUUACUUGUGGGGAAUGUUGCUCUGUCGUCAUGGCAUAGCAGGGAUACAGAUGCGUUGAGUCGCAGAGACAGUGAUGCUUCUCUGUCAAUAUAUCACUUUCACACCAUGGUUAGCGGGAGAAAGAGGCACAGGGCCAAGCUGGCCAUCGAUAAGGCCAAUAAACGUUCCAUAUUGUCGUAUUCUUCCUAUGCGCCGGUCAAUGUGGUACAGCAGUCCCUGCUCUCUCGAUUCUAUCCCGAGGUCCUCACGUUGAGGGAAUAUCUGCUUGUGAAGCUUCCUAGCAACUCCAGAAUUCGAAGGAAGAAGGUGUUGACGGCUGGCAGAAGAAGUCUUGAUCGGCGUGAUGGGGAGACUGCAAUAGAUGAUGCAGAUGGCCUUGGACCGUUUCUUGACUCAACAUUGGUUGGUAUACCUCAUCAGAACCCACAGAGUGACCAGCGGACGACCAGGUGGAAUUCUUUCACGAAUCAGGCAGAUUUAUCUGGGUUGGACACAACUGUGACCCCGUUUGAUCUUGGACACUCGCAAUCUGAGAUUGUCGACUUUGCAGUAUGGUUACUCUUCAACAACAGCAUGAGGGAAAACACCUCUGUCAAACACCUCCUUUGUCAAGGAUUUAGCAAAGUCCCGUCUGCAGGCCGCAUGGACGCUAACAAUGCAACAUUAUUUGCUGUUCGCAGACUUGUACCUGUGUAUCCCAACAAGCACUUCAAUGAACUCAAGGUGGACCCAUGGCCGCAGGUGCUGGGAUUAUUAGGAAAGGGCGGAGACCGUGUCAUGAUUGAUUUGUUUGUUGACUGUGGGAUAUUUCUUGCUGCUAGUAAUGGGCGUGGCAAUUACUUUCAAAUAUGCGGCAUGCCGCUUGGAGACCUCCAAAUCCUGGAUCAAGGUGGACGACGCGAACUGUCAGCCAGGAUAUCGACUCCAUUGAUAGAUAGGAGCCCUUCAAGCAUAGCCUUUCUACGAAGCAAAAUCCUUUAUGCACGGCCAACGCUGAAUUCUAGAGGCGCUGUGACAUUCGGCCUGCGCCAUAUUCAUGUCCUGAACCGUUAUCGUUCAAAGCCGGCGUCUUUGGAAGACGGUGCCAUUCAUCCAAACACCCUGCAAGUCAUAAAGUACAUAUUCCCCAGGCAAUUUCGCCUUCACAAUGUUUUUGAUUCCGUCGCCGAUUUCCGCGAGACUGUCCACCCCUUCAAGGAUUAUACUCUGCGUGAGGACGAGAUCCGCAGGUUGCCUCCAAACCACAAGGGCGCAUCUACCACCAGCAUCCCCAGACGACUGAGAGGGCCAUUGCCGAGUCUCGUGCGAAAGCUGCAGAUAUUACAUGAAAGGUGCCCCUACGGUCAAUUGGUUGCACAUUACUGUCCAUCGAAUGCACUUGCAACAUUUCCGCAACCCUCGAUCGAUGAUGCCUCACAUAACUUUCAAACCCAGAAAUCAACGCCAGGAAGCCAUAACGGGACUGGCUCCACGCCGACCCGCCCCCUAAAGAAGCUAAAAAAGGAUAGCAUCAUAGACCUUGCUACCCCCAGUGCAAAUGUGUCUGCAUUUUGCCGUGCUAUGCUGGGGCGAGUGAUUCCGGACGAGUUUUUUGGAACUGGUGAGGACCAGACACACAAUAAACAGGUGCUAAUGAAGAACGUGGACCGAUUUAUUAACCUGAGGAGGUUCGAAACACACUCUCUCCACGAUGCGACGCAGGGAAUGAAGAUUUCCACCAUUCCAUGGCUCAACUGCGGCAACUCUGAGAACGCCAAGGGCUCACAAUCAGACACCCGCAAGAAAUGGGAGAUAUUUUACGAGUUCAUGUAUUACAUAUUUGACUCCUUGAUCAUACCUCUGAUUCGAUGCAAUUUCCAUGUCACGGAAUCUGGCGUACACCGCUAUCGCAUAUUCUUCUUUCGACAGGACGUUUGGCGCAAUCUGGCCGAGCCGGUGAUGGCAUCACUAAAACUCGCGAUGUUUGAAGAAGUAGAUAUAAACAUGGCCAAUUCAGUCCUGGACUCGCGCACUAUUGGCUUCAGCCAGAUCAGGCUCCUACCAAAGGAAAAGGGCGUCAGGCCUAUACUGAAUCUUCGACGACGGCAGCUUCGGCGAGACUCGAAGAGAGCCCUUGGACCUAGUAUCAAUUCGACAUUGGCUCCGGUAUAUAACAUGUUGACUUUUGAAAAGGAUUUAUCACCUGCGAAGUUUGGCUCCACUCUCUUCUCUGUCGGUGACCUGUAUAACAAAAUCAAGAAGUUUGCGGAAACAAUCAACCCUAUGGGCAAUCUAUACUUUUGCAAAGUCGAUGUGCAAUCCGCAUUCGACACGAUCCCUCAGGCAGCUGUCGUCAAGCUCAUAUCCGGCUUGCCAACGAGCGACGAAUAUCAGAUCUCCAAGCACGUCGAGGUAAAGCCAGGAGAUGGGUAUCGGCAUGGGCAGGCGAAACCGAUUCGUAAAUGGACUUCUCUGGCGUGGGCGGCGGGUGACCAACCGUUUGACUUGAAGAUGACCAGCGGCAAGAAUACAAUCUUCACCGAAAACCUCGCGGUCCAGAGGCACACCAAAGACCAACUUUUAUCGCUGCUUUCGGAACACGUCCAGAGAAACCUGGUCAAGAUUGGGAAGAAGUUCUACCGCCAAAAGAAGGGGAUUCCCCAGGGAUCGGUUAUAUCUUCAUUGCUGUGCAACUAUUUUUACGCCGACCUGGAAGCGAAGCAUCUAUCAUUCCUCAAUCCCGAUGAAAGUUUACUGCUCAGGCUUAUAGAUGACUUCUUGCUGAUUACAAUCGAUCCCGACCACGCCAGACGGUUUAUUCAGACGAUGCACGACGGGCUUCCAGAUUACGGGGUUUCCGUCAAUCCCGAAAAGACUCUCGUCAACUUUGAGACAUCCAUCAAUGGUCAUAAGGUCAAGCGACUGGUAAAGGGCCAAGAAUUUCCGUACUGCGGCACGUUUAUAAACACGAAGACCUUGCAUAUAUCCAAACACCGAGAGAAACACAAGGAUCUGGAAGUCGUCGACUCUCUGACGGUGGAGUUUUCAAAGACUCCAGGGAAGACUUUUCAUCGCAAAGUGCUCAAUUCGUUUAAGAUACAAUGCCAUGCUAUGUUCAUGGAUACGACCUUCAAUUCGCCGAUAGUCGUCUCAAGAAACAUAUUUGAGAGUUUUGUGGAGUGUGCGAACAAAAUGUGCGCAUACACGAGAUGCCUUCCGACACAGAAGCAGCCCACCGCGGAUAUUACCAUUCGAACGAUUGUCGGUCUGGUGGAUCUGGCGUUUCUACUAAUUAAGAGCAAGGAGAAGAAUCCGAAGAAUUUGGGUUAUCGAUGCGCGAUAUCCAAGACGGAGAUUAGAUGGCUUGCCCUGCGAGCGUUCCAUGGCGUUUUGAAACCUCGACAGAGUAGGUAUAGGGAGGAGAUGAUGUGGUUAGAGGAUCAGUUGCUGCCUUGGGCGGCGAGGGGGGGAUGAGGAGGCGUUUGGAUAAGGACUAUUUAGGAAUUACUAUCGUGAUCCCUAGCGCACCGACGCUGUUGAUUAUCCCCAAGUUACCGCUAUAGAUCGCCAUUGAUUUUCCCUAGCAGCAUCAAUGCUGUUGUUUUCCCCCGUGGUGCCCGUUGCUGUUACUGUUCCCUGUGGCUACGGUUUCACAGC